GUCUGUUCGUAUAUGGAAUAGAAGCGCGUGGUGCAUCUUGGGAUAGUAAUGGUGGGCGCGUGAUUUUGAACAAAUUCGGGAUGCCAGAAAAGUACACAGAUAAGGAAUAACAAAUUUUUAGCAGAGUAUGGCUGCAAGUAAUAAAAGUCCAGGGGCACGAGCCUUGGUUGAGCCCUUGGCGUUGGAUUCACGAACGUUGAGCGAUGGGGAUUUCAGCGCUUUAAGUUUGUCGCACAGUUCAGAACAGUAUUCGAACAACGACUUUGAGGCCCUGGCAAGCAUUCAGGCUGAAUUUGAAUGCAUGAACGCCGAGGAGGUAAUGACAACUGAUGACGAAACUAUGCUUCUUGAUCGAAGCAUUGAGUCUACAACUACGGCAUCUGACAUUGAAAUGACCGAUCUAUCGGACAACGCUCAACCUGAGCAGAUAACUUACUCGUCGUCAGCUAAUCAGAAUAGCCAGAAUAUUGUAUUCCAGACUAAACCGACGCUGCAAAGAGUGCCUGUGUCAGCAAUACAGGUCAAGCCAACCGUGCCACAAGUAUCUCAAAGCCAGUCAAUAAUGAUUGUGUCACCUGCAGGUGGCCAAGGAACAAGUCAAAUACUGAAAAUAUCUCACCCAUCAACAGCAUCACCUGGUCAGCUACAGUCGCUGGCUCAGACUUUGAUAACAGCCAAGUCUGCGGACGGCAAUAUAGUACAGCUGAGAUCGGCACAGGGCUCAAGACCCAUCGUGACGACUAGCCAAUCUGGGACAAUCACUCUGAGCAAUAUACAGAACGUCAAACCCACUCAGUCGGCGAUAAAAAGGCCCGCUCAGUCUGUACAGCAAAACAGAAACGUUUACACGAAAAUGAUUCUGACCGGUAAUCAGAGCCAGACAGGUCAACAGGUUCUGCUUGCCAGCACCCAACAUGAUAAUCAGCAGCCGCAGACUAUCAAGUUUAUCACAAGCAGCGGAGCCAGUCCGAGCAUCGCAAGCCCAACAAAAACUAUAACUUUUGCACAAGCUCAGCAGAUGGGACUUCUCUCCUCUGGGAAGAUACAGCAGAUAUUGCCAUCGUCACCGCACAAACAGCAGGGUAUAAUUGUGAAUAAGUUGGUCACAUCAACUUCAGCUCAACCGUCCAAAAUGACAAUUCUCCCAGCUACGACUGUGAAGCCCCCUGCAAAGAUAUUACCAGCCCCUACUUCUAUGACUAGCCACGCCAAGUCAUCGAUAGUCUCCAACCCCCAAACGACAACUUUCUCCAGCACUGGAAAAAACAUGCAGCAGAAUUCACAAAAAGUCAUCAUAAGACAGAGUUCGCUGAAGCCAGGCACGCUUCUUGGUAACAGUCAAGUAAUCAGAAUACCUGCCAAUCAAAAUAUUGUUAGUGGUCCGAACCAAGUACAUCAGAUACAAAUGCCUGGCCGACAGGUUCAAUACGUCCGAUUGGUAAGUACACCCUCGUCUGGGACGAGCAACGUGGUGACUGUUGGGAAACCAAAGUCUCAAACAACACUUCAGACUGUAGGAAUGACGCAUAAGCUUGGAACUCAACAGCAAAUUGUCAAGGUAUUACCGUUGAACACGAGCAGUCAGCCGUUGAGAACUGUUGUGCCAAAAACUACGUUGUCUACGAGUAAUCAAAGGCUGUUGAUUCCUGCAACGGCAGCAGUCAGCGGGCAGUCAAAAAGCGCCGUUGCCAUACCCGCAUCGGCUUUGAAUCAGCUCGCCACUGGUCAGGCUGUUUUGUCUGCAAAUUCUAACGUUGGAAACAUUGUUGUACUUCCAGCGCAGUACAUUCAACAACAGCAACAAUCAGAAGAGGCUAAGGGAAAAUCUCAGCAAUCUACCCCAAGUUUACUUACCACUUCUCAAGGUUCUACUGGGAACUUGUCGAUCGGAUCUCUUUCCGAAGGUAAAAGUUCUCAGAGGACUUCAUCUAGCCUGGAACCCAACGGUAUACGUCCAAGGAAACCAUGUAAUUGUACCAAAUCGCAAUGUCUCAAACUCUAUUGCGAUUGCUUUGCAAAUGGUGAAUUUUGCCACAUGUGCAAUUGCAACAACUGUUCUAACAACCUCGAAAACGAAGAGGAACGCCAGCGAGCAAUCAAGUCUUGCUUGGAGCGCAAUCCCAACGCCUUUCGCCCCAAGAUUGGAAAAGGACGUGAAACUGGCGAUGACAUACGAAGGCAUAAUAAGGGAUGCAAUUGCAAGCGCAGCGGCUGUUUGAAAAACUAUUGCGAGUGCUACGAGGCAAAAAUACCUUGUUCUGCUAACUGCAAAUGUAUGGGUUGUCGUAAUGUGGAAGAACCAAAUUUGGAAAAAAAAUCGUUGAAGGACUUGGCAGAAGCGGCCGAAGUCAGAACAGCCCAGCUUACUCUAAACAAGACGAAGCUGCAACAAUUGUCUGACAUGGCAUUCAGGCCACCAGCGAUGUCAAAUACAGGAGCGAGGCAACCGUUCAACUUUUUGACUGACAAAGUUGUUGAGAUUACAUGUCAGUGUUUAAUGGCACAGGCUGAAGAGGCUGAACGCAGCAUGCUAGACGAUGAAACAUCGCAGCGAUUAAUCAUCGAAGAGUUUGGCCGAUGCUUAAAGGAAAUAAUUGAAUCUGCUCAUAAGGCUGAAACUACCUAGCAAUCUUGCGUACGUUUGGUAUAUGCUGCGAAUACCAGAAUGUUACAAAUAUAUUUAUAUAUUGCUGUGGCAAGAGAGAAAGUUGCCCUGUGGGUACAACAAUACAGAAAAAAAAUAUUGUACAUAUACAUAUAGAUAUAGAUAUCUAUUACAGAAAAGGGCGUUAAAUACCAAAUUUAUAUGCAUACAUAUAU